ACCAUCAGAACCAUCUCUUAGCUUCUUCCCAUUUCUUCUCUUCCAUUCUUACAACAAUGAAAUUUAAAGCUUCUUCUUUCUUCUCAAGCUUUACAAUACUUCCAUGACUCCUCUAAACCCCUUUUCUCUUCUCCUUUUGGUGAGCUUCAUCUUCUUUGUUUCUACUCUUCCAUUAUCUUCAUCUAUUUCCUCUGUAGCCAUCUCUGAAACCUCAAAUCAAAUAGUAAUUUGUGCAUUAGUUUCACAAACUUACAUCAAUUGUACUAGCUCCAGUUGGGGAACUCAGAAUCCAAUUCCAUCUCCAAAAGCUUCACUUUCUGCAAUCACAGUGGGGGACGGAUUCGUUUGUUUUCUUAGGUACCCAUCACCAAUCUCUGUUACUUCCGUCGGUUGUUACAGAUUUUCCGGUGAAAAUGUUACUAAUUUAGCAUUCAAGAGAAUCUAUCGAGGACCCAUGCUCAACGAUUUCCAAUCCGGGAACUCACACGUCUGUGGGAUUGUCAAUGGAUCAGACAAUCUCGUAUGCUGGCAAUGGCAUGGAUUCAAUCCUCCCAAUGUUCAACACUUCAUAGAUAUCGCCGUCGGGGAAGAAUUCGUCUGCGGGGUACUGGAAUCUGGGCAAGUCAAAUGUUUCGGAACAAACAUGGAUGUCGUCGGAAAAGAACCAGACGGGAAUUACGGUUCCAUCGUUACUGGAUUGAAGCAAGCUUGUGCCAUUUCAAUUGAUGGAACCCUAGUGAAUUGCUGGGGUCAAAGGGCUAGAACCCUAACCGGAAAGUUCUACUCAGUGGCUUUGGGGGACAACCGCGGCUGUGCUCUGCUACCAAAUGAUACAAUUUCUUGUUGGGGAGAUCACAAGUUGCCGGAAAGCCUGAAAGGGCUCAGUUUUUUUUCAAUUACAGGGCAGAACAGAGUUUUUUGCGGCGUUUUGAUGCAUAAUAAUUCGUUAAUCUGCUGGGGUGGUGAGAAUUUUGGUUAUGGUGUGGUGAUUUUUCCUUUUGUAUUGCCUGGACCUUGUCAACCAAAUUGCCAAUGUGGAAUGCUUCCUGACUAUGGAAGAUUUUGCAGCCCAGGGUAUAUUUGCCUACCAUGCACUAGUUCCUACCGGCCAACCCCUUCAUCUCCUCCACCGGCGGUGGCACCGGCAUUUCAAGCUGCUCCGCCGGGUUCCUCUUCCGGUAGUAACCGGAUAGCCUAUUUGGUUGUUGGCAUUGUAGGUGCAGCCUGUUUACUUGCAGUGAUUGGGUUCUUCCUGUACAGAUUUUGCAGGAGAGAAGUAUGCAGGGUUCAUGAUUCAGGGAGAUUGGAAAGAACAGCAGAGACAACAACACCUCAACCAGGAGUACCUCAAAUCAAUCCUGAAGAACAAUCUGGGAAUCACUCAUUUUCUUUCACACCCACACAAGGUUCUAAUCUUGGGCAAUCUCCAAGACUAGAGAAAAGGCUAAGUCAAUUGGUUAGUAUGGGAAGUGGGAAACUGGAGGAAUUCACAUUAGAAGAGCUAAGAAAAGUGACUGAAAAUUUCUCUGAUGGCCAUAAGGUUGGCUCUGGAAGCUUUGGUUCUGUGUAUAGAGCGAUACUCGAAGACGGGCGAGAUGUAGCAAUUAAGAGAGCAGAGUUAUUGGCUUCAUCUUCUCCAUUAUAUGCAGGUAGUGUGAAAAGGCAAGAAGAUCAAGAUAAUGCAUUCUUAUCAGAAGUUGCAAACCUCUCUCGCCUCAAUCACAUGAACCUUGUUAGGCUUUACGGGUAUUGCGAAGAGGCGAAUGAGCGUGUGCUUGUCUAUGAAUUCAUGGUUAAUGGAACACUCCAUGAUCACCUCCACAGUUUCAUGGAUUCUUCACCAUUACAGUCAUGGGCAGCAAGAAUUAAGGUUGCCCUUGAUUCAGCUCGGGGGAUUGAGUAUCUCCAUACUUAUGCAGUCCCACAGAUCAUACACCGUGACAUCAAAUCCUCAAACAUAUUACUUGAUGCUUAUUGGAUUGCAAAGGUCUCUGAUUUCGGGCUCUCAAUGAUGGGGCCGGAGGACGACGAUGAAGAUGCUCAUAUAUCCCUUCGUGCCGCCGGCACGGUGGGUUAUAUGGAUCCUGCAUACUACAAGUAUCAACAAUUGACGCUUAAGAGUGAUGUUUAUAGCUUUGGAGUAGUGUUAUUAGAAUUGUUAUCUGGGUGUAAGGCUAUACACCGCAAUGAAGAGACUGGGCUACCAAGAAACUUGGUGGACUAUAUGGUGCCAUAUAUAGCUAGAGAUGAAGUACACCGGGUGCUUGACCGGAAAAUGACAGCGCCGACGCCAUGUGAGAUCGAAGCUGUACAAUAUGUUGGGUAUAUUGCCGCCGACUGCGUUGUGCCAGAUGGGCGAGAUAGACCUACCAUGACUGAGAUUGUAGGUAGCCUUGAAAGAGCCUUGGCUGCUUGUCUAGCAAACCCAAAUUUCUCAAGGUCCACAACUGGUUCAAUCAUAGAAGAAGUGUAAACAUUUAUGGUCGGAGCCUCGUGCACUAGAUAUGUCUUUUUGUAUAAACAUAUGGCAUUCAUUCACACUUGUUAUAGCUCAUUUAAAAAAUAGAGAAGGUGGACAAAGACCCACCUAGCCAUUUUUGUCCAUAGAUUUUUUUUUUUUCUUUCUUCCUUUUAAUUCGUUGACUGAUGCUAAAUGUAUUAUUUAAUUGUAUUUUACCAACCAUACAAGAAAAAUACAAUUGUGCUGAUAACGCUUUUGUGAGA